UCGUUUCAUGCUCAAAACCGCCUUCUUCUCAAAGCUAUCAAAAAAAUCUCGCAAGUUUCAAUUUGCCAUGGAUUUUACACGGAAAUUGAGCUUUCUAGUGUUUCUGUUGUGUAUUCUCAUCUCUUUGCAGAACCAAGACGACAUUGAUACAAAUAACAAUUUUUCUUCUCAUGACGACAAAUAUUGCUCCUUAUCUGAUGAUGAAUCUCAGUAUAUCUUCGAUAUUGACUCGUUUCCGCCUCUUCCUAUGUUUGCUACUACUUCUCAUGUGGAGAGGAAGCUCCAACAACAAACAGGGGCUCGGGAAUCCCUGAAAUACGAUUACUAUCAUCAAACUUGUCCUCAAGCUGAGCGAAUCAUCCGAUCAAGUGUUCGAGAUCUUUUCAAAAAGCGACCACAGAUUGCUCCUGCUUUGUUGAGACUUGCUUUCCACGACUGCUUUGUUGAGGGGUGUGAUGCAUCAGUUUUACUGGACCCUGCUGAAGGAUUUCAUAGCGAGAAAGAAUCUCCUCCCAACGAAUCAUUGAAGGGCUUCGACGUAAUAGAUAUCAUUAAAUCAGAGCUUGAAGAAGCUUGUCCAGGAGUUGUUUCUUGCGCUGAUGCUGUUGUUUUGGCUGCUAGAGAAAGUGUUAUUUUGACUGGUGGCCCUUUCUACCCGCUGAAAACAGGAAGGAGAGACAGUGUGGCUUCCUUCGGAGAAAUUGCAACUUUUGAGCUUCCUAGUCCUCAGGAUGAUCUUUCCAAGAUGAUUGAGUCAUUCUCAUCCAAAGGUUUCGACGAAAGGGAGGCAGUAAGCCUCUUAGGUGCUCACAGCACUGGAGUGAUCCACUGCAAAUUCUUCAUCAACAGGCUCUACAACUUCAGCGGGACUAAUAGCUCCGACCCUACUAUGAACUCGGAGUUUGUCAGUCUCUUGAGGUCCAAAUGCAACACAAAUCAAGCCUCUUUGAUGUCGCCUGCAUCAAAAUCACAAUCGCCAUCCCAACUAGUUUCAUCAUCGCCUUCACCAUCAUCUAUUAUCGAUGAAUUAGCAUCUGCACUGGUUGAGGAGCCAGCAAUGAAGAUGGACUACGAAGGACCAGGAGCAAAUUUUGGUACACUAUAUUUCCGCAGUCUUCUACAAGGCAGGGGAAUACUCUAUGUGGAUCAGCAGCUGACUGCAGGGGAAGAAACUAAAACUUGGGUCCAAGCUUAUGCUUCAGAUGUGUCUUUGUUUCACAAAGAUUUCGGUUUGGUAAUGAUGAAGCUUUCCAACUUGGGAGUCCUCACUGCACCAAUGGGACAGGUGCGCAAAGAUUGCCGGAAAGUUUCCUGAAAAAGAUCAAUGGUUUGGUCACUUGUUUAGCCUAUUGCAAUUUUGGUUUUUGGUCCCUCUAUCAUUGAACUGCCUCUUCUCAGUUCCACUUACUCGUUUCUUGAAAUUUCUGUCAUAUCAUAGUGCAUAGUAGUUAAGCGUACUGGUUUUGUUUGUACGAAUUGGACAGGCUUAAAAGACACAAAUCUGUCAGUAUUAGCUUGGUCACUUCUCUUAAUGGCAUAUUCGAGAUCUCAUUAUGGUCAA